CCACGACACAAUGAGAGACCACGACGCAACGACGUGCAAAAGUAUAAGGCAAGCUAGAAAACGUGGUAAGAAAUACGGAAACUCUCUUCUCUCAAUCUCAAACUCAACACUUCCUGUCUACCAUACAACUACAAACUCAUUCACCACGUCCGGAAUAAUCGCAACUUCCCCUUCUGCUCUAGCCGGCACCAUGUCUUCCCUCAUCGACAAAGCAAAGAACGUCGUCAGCUCGCACAAGAAGUCCGACGGCAGCUUGCCAAAGGUCCUCUUCGUGCUCAGCAGCCAUGAUCAGAUGGGCGACACUGGAAAGCCCACAGGCUGGUACCUGCCCGAGUUCGCUCAUCCAUACUACAAGCUUGAAGGCAAAGCCGAGAUCGUGAUCGCUUCGCCCAAGGGAGGAGCAGCUCCAUUGGAUCCUUCUUCCGUCGAGAUGUUCAAGAGCGAUGAGGAGUCCACCAAGUUCUUGAAGGAGAAGGAGGCAUUGUGGAAGAACACCCAGAAGUUGAGCGAUUUUGUUGGAAAGGCGAACACAUUCGAUGCAGUGUUCUACGUGGGUGGACAUGGACCUAUGUUUGAUCUCGCAACCGACCCUGUCUCUCAUCAACUCAUCAAAGAAUUCUACGAGUCUGGCAAGGUCGUCUCCGCUGUCUGCCACGGUCCUGCUGCGUUUGUGAACGUGAAGCUUUCUGAUGGAAGCUGGCUGGUGCAGGGACAAGAGGUGACUGGUUUCACCAACACAGAGGAGGACCAGGUACAACUUUCUGCUGCCAUGCCUUUCAUGCUGGAGACAGAGCUUGAAGCGCAUGGAGGCAAGGUUGUCAAGGCGGAGCCAUGGCAGCCAAAGGUUGUGAAGAGCGGAAAGAGCAACAAGUUGAUCACCGGACAGAACCCGGCUUCUGCUUCGCCAAUUGGAGAGGCGAUCUUGGCUGCUCUCUAAGUUGUAGGAGAGUUCAGAUAUCUGGAAAGUUAUGAUUUAUGAUACACCCACUAUGUCGGUAUGAAGAAUAGAAAUUGAUGAUGAACCAUCCAAUUUCUCAUCAAGCAGCUUGUCUAGUUGAAAGCUUUCAGUUGAG